AUGGCACAGCGUGCAGUCCUGUUUCUCUUUUGUGCUCUGGGACUCUUUCAGAAAGGUGUAUCUUCUCCUGUUUGUGUUGUGUCUCCUGCAGGUCUAGCAGCUCUGAUAGAAACUCAGCAGACUGUGCUGGCAGCAGUGGGAGAAGAGGCUCAGUUAAACUGUAAACUGAUGCAACAUAGAGAUGUUCUGCAAGUCACAUGGCAGAAACUUUUACCUGAUGAGGAGCAGAAUCUUGCUUCUAACAACAAAUAUUUUGGUCAGAAAGUAAAUUCUGAUUUAAGAGAUAAAAUGGAGUUUAAAUAUGUUGGACUGCUGAGCUGCUCCAUAGUUAUCAGGAAUGUAACAGAGGAGGAUGAAGGAUGCUAUCACUGUUUGUUCAACACCUACCCUGAAGGAGCUCUCACUGCUACAACCUGCCUCAGACUCUAUGAGCUGCAUGGCCCCGUCCUCCAUGUGAGAGCCUCAGACUCUCCUGAAGAGACAGUUGUGUCCUGCUGGGCCACAGGUGGACCUGCUCCCACAGUAACACUGACUGUCCCUCACUACAACUCUAGCAGAGUCACCAACAGCAACGGGACAGUCACUGUCACCACCACAGCUCUGCUGUCUGCUCUCCACCACAACACCACACAGGUUAACUGUACAGCACACGUGUCCUCUGGUCCUCACAGAGAGGUGGCCACCAUCAUUCCUGCAGGAAAACAGUCGUCUGUUGCUGGUCGGACUCGGAUCAUAACGUUUCUCCUAUUCUCCAUAUUUGUGGCCUGUUGUUUUGCUGCUGCAGCCAAAUGUUUCCUGCAUAAACAAAGAAAUCACAACAGUCUGUCUCACAGCAGACCUGAGAUGAAUGAGAAGCCUCAGACUACAAUCAGUGACAUCUAUCAGUAA